AUGGUGGUGAAGCGGAGCCAAGCGCAUUUGAACAAGGAUUCAAAGGUGGAAGUUUGCAGCAACGAAGACGGGUACCAAGGUGCAUGGUUCCCAGCCAUAAUCCUUGACCCACAACCCUCAGAUGGCACACCAAAGAAGAAAAGGAAGAGCCUUGUUGGCAACUCAAGCAAGGCUCUGGUGCAGUACGAGACUCUGGUCUCCGACGAUGACCCAAACAAGCCACUCACUGAGCUCGUUGACGUGUGCUCCAUCCGGCCAGUGCCUCCUCCUGACAAUCCUGACCAGCCCUUCGAGCCCGCAAACGUCGUAGACGCCUUUUACCGAGAAGCUUGGUGGGUGGGGGUUGUGAUGAGGUUAGAGGAUGAAAAGUAUACGGUGGGUUUCAGAAACCCACCUGAUCUGCUUGAGUUAAGGCGCUCCGAGCUGCGGCCUCAUUGGGAUUUUCUGGACGGCGUAUGGGUUCGAGCCCAGAAGGAGAGGAUGGCGGGAUCAUUUUUCAGCCCUGGGACAGCAGUGGAAGUGAAUCUCUACAAAGAACAUCUAUUCUGUGCUUGGUUCCCAGCAAUUUAUCUUGGUGAACUAGGGGCCAACUAUUUCUUGCUUCAAUAUAAGAGCUCAAACAACUGUGAUGUUAAAGUGGUCGUAGGUGGCAAACAGAUUCGGCCUCAGCCUCCGAAAUUGGCUGAAAGAGAUUUUAACUUGAUGGAAAAGGUGGAUGCAUUCUUUGAUAUGGGUUGGUGGGUCGGAGAGAUUAUAAAAGUUCUUUCAGGAAAGAAGUAUAUGGUCUGUUUCAAAUUGACAGAGGAGGUGAAGCAAUACAGUCAGUCAGAAUUGAGGCGUCACAUGUACUGGACUGAUGGAAGAUGGGUUACUAUGAUCAAUGGAAAACGGGUUACUAUGAUCAAUGGAAACUGGGUUACUAUGAUCAAUGGAAACUGGGUUCCUUACUUUAAGGAAGGUCACUUUAGCAGGGAUUAUGAAGUACGAUCAAAGCGUGCAUGCGAGAGUUCCAGGAGUUCUGAGUUAGCUGCAGCACUUGAAUGUUCAGGUCUUUCCAAGAAGUUAAUAUGGGGACAUUCAGAAGACUCCUUAUCUUUUGCACAAUUAUUUCGAAGGAGCAAAGAAGCCCCAGUUAGAGAUGGUGUGAAGACUAAGCAACAGCAGGUUGGAGGACUGGACAAUCAAGCAAUAGUUUCUCUUAAACGAAAAGUCAAGAAGGGCAGUGAAAUAAGAAAGGCUGAUGAAGAAGAUGUUGAUGAUGAGUAUGGAGUAGAUAACAUUGAAUCUUCUGGUACAGAGUCUAAACUAACAGGGGGAUCUCAUGCUGACACAUCAUGUCUGCUCCCCAUGGAGGAGGUUGAAUGGAAUGAAGAUGGAGCGAGCAGUGAAUUGCAUGUGAUAAAAAGGUUGGAGUGGACAGGUGAGAAGCACAAUGGAACUGGAGUUGUUGCUCAAGUUGAAUUGACUAAGACUCAAGUUGCGAAUGAUAAUGGUUCUGAAGAUGCAAUGUCCGAAGCAGAAACUGAAGAUUCUGCAAUGGAUAUUGAGAAAAUAAUAGAGGGUAACCCUACUGGGAUUUCCAACAAACAAAAUGAGGUCGGAAGAAGACAGGUUGAAACUGGGGUAACAGGUUCUGAAGAAGCGAUAAGAGAGACGGAAACUGUGGAUUCCGCAAUGGAUUACUUGACAAAAGAAGUUCAGGUGACUGUGACCAGAGUAUCUGCAACAGCAUCUGCCCAUGAUCAACCUUCAUCACUGUAUGUAGAUGAAAUGCAUUCUAUAAAAGCCAAAGAUUGCUCAAGCAACCCUGCUGGGACUGCCAUGCAACAAAAUGAAGUUGAGCAACAAGACAGUCCACAUUCGCCUUUUGUGAGAAGUUCUCCAUUUUGGAAAAGUAUUGAAUCCAUGGAAGUAUUCAAAAGAUUUCCGCAAAGGCCACAUUUUGAUCCUCUGAUGAAGUGUAAAGCAGUUUGUCGCGAAGGAUCCGCUCUUGGAAAUAUGAUAACCUUUGCCUCUUUGGUGGAGAAGACUUCCAAGUUGCAAGUUGGCGAUCCUAGAGACUUAUUUGAUAGCAACUUGGAGGCACUAGUUGACUUGGAAAUGUUGGGAUUUGAUGUCACGGCAGUACGGCAUCGUCUGAAGGAAUUGAUUGAAAUGAAAGUUAAGUUGGGUCAGCUUGAGAACCAAUCAAAAGAAGUUGACAUUCAGAUCACGGAGUGUACUUUUGACAGAACCAGAAACAAUGAAACAAUCAGUCAGAUUGAUAAGGAGAUCAAGGACUUGAAGGAAAAACGGGGGACCCUGAUGUCAAUCAAUGUGGCCAAAGGUUCUGAAAUUAGCAAGCUGCAAUCAGAAGCAAAUGCUAUCACUGAAGGCAUUCAGAGCAUCCAUCGUGAUUUUGAGAAAUUAGCUGCUGCAGCAUGGUGCUUGUUGUGA